GGGAAAGAUCAGCGGGUGGACAGGGUAAUUAAAAAGCUAUGAGAACCCGCCGACCUGUCUCUCAACUUUCUACCUGCGCAGUGCCCCUCUUGCCCGCUGAUUUUGUCUCGAUUAUCUGUCUCGCAAGGCUGUACGACAUCUGACCUAGCGAGCCAAUUUCAACAUCAUGUCGUCGGCGGAAGGCGCAGAGCUGAAGAAGAAGGAAACGGAGGAGGUGCCCAAUGUCGUUCACCAAUCAGAAACCGACGCCGUGUCCGGACACGGCGUCACCCAUGCCCCCGAUCCCGAUUUCGACGAGAAGAAGGCGGGAUUUGCCGCCUACAAGGGCGAUGCCAUCGAGGCAGAGAACGUCGAGCAUGACAUGGGCGUCAUCCAGGCCGUGAGGGCCUACCCCAUGGCUGCCUUCUGGGCCUUGGUCAUGUCCUCUACCAUUAUCAUGGAGUCGUACUGUGUCUUCCUCAUGGGCGCUUUCGUCGCCUACAACCAGUUCAUGGACGAGUACGGCGUCGUGGACAAGGACGGGAACAAGGCCAUCGAGGCGUCGUGGCAGUCUGCGCUGCAGGUCGGCGGGCCUCUGGGCGCGCUCGUCGGCGUCCUGAUCGCCGGCCCCAUCACCAGCCGCAUCGGCUACCGCUGGGCGACCAUCGGCGGGCUCAUGUUCCUCAACGUCUUCAUCUUCGUCUUCUACUUCGCCAACUCGCUCGCUGUCAUGUUCGUUGCCCAGCUGCUCGAGGGCGUGCCGUGGGGCAUCUUCAUCGCCAACGCGCCCGCAUACUGCAGCGAGAUCGUGCCCAUGAAGCUGCGCGCCCCCGCCACCCAAAUGCUGCAGAUGUUCUGGGCUAUCGGGUCCAUUCUUGUCGGCGGCGUUACCUACGCGUUGCAAGGCCGGACCGACGCGUCGUGUUACAGGAUCCCUAUUGCCCUCCAAUGGAUGUUCCCCACGCCUCUCGCUGUCCUCAUCUUCCUGGCUCCCGAGUCGCCCUGGUGGCUGGUCCGAAAAGGGCGUCUCGAGGAUGCGGCCAAGUCGGUUCGGCGCCUGGGACGCGCGUCGAGGCUCGAGCAUCUCGACGAGUCGGUUGCCAUGAUGCGUCGCACCAUUGACCUCGAGAAGUCCAUCAAGGAGCCCAGCCUCCUGGAGCUGUUCCGCGGCACCGACACCUACCGCACGCUCAUUGUGUGCGGCGUGUACGCGGCCCAGAACCUGACGGGCAACCUUAUCGCGAACCAGGCCGUCUACUUCUUCAGACAGGCCGGCAUGGAUUCGCAAACUGCGUUCGCACUCGGUCUCAUCACUUCGGCCCUGCAAACCAUCUUCGUCAUGCUUUCCUGGAUUCUCACGACAUACCUCGGCCGCCGAACUAUCUACGUCUGGGGCUCGCUCAUCAACGUCUGCUUCCUGAUCGCUCUGGGCGUCGCGGCCUCCGUCGGCCCUUCCAAGUCGGCCAGUCUGGCGCAGGCGUCCUUGGGUCUUAUCGUCUCUGUUGGCUUCACCCUGGGACCGGCGCCUGCUUCGUGGGUCAUCAUCGGAGAGACGUCGGCCAUCCGCCUCCGUCCUCUGACCACUGGCGUCGGACGCGCCUCGUACUACAUUAUCAACAUUCCUUGCAUUUUCCUCGGGUCUUAUAUGCUCAACCCGACGGGGGUAAACCUUGGCGGCAGGUGCGGCUACGUCUGGGCCUCGACUGGUUUUGUCUGCUUCCUCUUGGCCUGGAUCUACCUGCCAGAGAUGAAGGGCCGGUCCUACCGCGAGAUCGACAUCCUCUUCAACCGCAAGGUCCCGGCUCGCAAGUGGAAGCAGACGGUCGUCCAUAUCGGCGACGACGAGUAGAUGGACGACUUGGGCCGAAGCCAGUGAGUGGUGAGAUGGAACCCGGGCGC